AUGGUUGGGAAGUCUAUUAGAAAAGUAUCGUCUGCGGCAGUGGAGAAGGGAAACGUCAUUCGAGCGUUUCGGGGAGAGUUCGGUUUCUUAUCGAACUUCAGCGACGACCCAGUAAGGAUGGACGAUGGAAUUCUCUACCCGACGGCCGAACACGCAUUUCAAGCGCAAAAGGUUGUUGAUGUUGAGAAGCGCCGAUGCAUGGUGGAAAAAUGCGGAACGGCGAAAUCGGCGAAGGCGUGGGGAAAACGAGCGAAACCGUUACGAGCUGAUUGGAAUGAUAUUCGUGUCGACGUAAUGCGGGAGGUGAUCGGGGCUAAGUUUAAGGGUGGAUCGGAGGAGCUGAGGGAGAUGCUGGUCGCGACGGGCGAGAGAGAGCUGGUGGAGGGUAAUGUUUGGAAUGAUACUUUUUGGGGGGUUUCGUUGAGGACGGGGAAAGGGCAGAAUCAGCUCGGGAAGAUUCUGAUGGAGGUACGGGAGGAGUUGAAGAAAAAAUAG